UUUAUGGAUCCUGAUGAAUUAUCCUACACAGAAAUGGAAUCAUCUUCGACGAAAUCAGAUGUAGUUGGAAUUACUGCAAACGAAUUGAGUGGAGUUUCUUGUGGAAAUUGUGAUUCUGAAGUCUAUGGAACAUCAGUAAAAUCGCUGGACUAUCACGUGGCCCAUUUGAAAUCUUCAAAAAGGAAGAUAAGAUCAAUUACAUUGUGGAUUGUUAAACUAAAUGAUGAUGACCAGGUUGUUGUCGAAGGAAAUUUAGAAUGUGGUACGAGAGUUCGAACUAAAUCAAUAGCGAAGAGAAUCACCUCGUCAAGGAUUUUAUCCAAGUUCAAACAUGCCUAUCACCUAAUCGGAAACAUGGCUGAUUUACAAUGUGAACUUCCAGUAUUUGUUCGCCGCAAAUUUCAUCACGGUUUUCCAGAAGAUUGGGAAGCUAUUAUUAGCAUUUGGAAGAGCUUCAUUAUUACCUCUGAAUGCAACGAAGCAACACGAUCAUUGUGUACGCCCGAAGGUCUCUUUGUCAAUGAAAAGCUCACUAUUGAUGGUUUCAAUGAAAAUUCUCGUUUUAUUCAAGACGUCUCUAAAGGUACAAGGGUGGAUGAGCCGACGUACCCUAUGAACAAAAAUGGUACUAAUGGAAGCAUCAGUGAACAUUAUCAGAAUGAUAAACUGGUUGAUUCACUUGCCGAAACAGAGACCGGCAAGUCAAUUUUGGAUCAUGAUGUGUGUGACAAAAUAUCAAGAACACCAAAUUAUACCAAGCAGCUCACAGCAUGGACACCACUCCUGCAAUUUGGUGACAAUGCAGGAUGCUACUUGUCCUUUAGGGGAACGUUGCUGAGUUCAAUGGGUCAUGCUGUAAACAGGAAUCAUGUAACAGGUAUUGUUCGUCGAAGAAUUUCUCCAAGGAUCAUUGAAACCAUUAAUCAAGAAUUUUAUGAAUUGAUGGGCGAUCUCAACAACACUAAACAUAGUAUUCCUAAGGAGUUAAUUUUGUGGUGUCGCAAUGGAUGUCCAAAGCAAAUAAAUUUGUUUUGUGAACAAUGGAGAUUAUUGAAAAGUGAUGAAAUAGAAUCUUCUAAACGUUCAGUUAGCGAUGGAAAACUGAAAGACGAAGACAAUGAUGUUUCGCAUACAAAUCAUCAUAAGGAAUCAGGCAGUUAUAGCAAAAAGGUUCAUGCGUUGUCACCUAUGCAAACUCCAAAAAACAGGAUUAAAAGAAAAAGAAUCUUGACAGACUUAAAUGAUAACAGAGACACCAAUAAUUCAAUCAUCAACUACACGACUUCUAGCAAAAAAGAAGCCAGCAAAACAUCGACUAGCACUUUGCAAGUUAGCAGUUUGUCCAAAAUAAGACGAAAACUUUCAACUUACGGCUUCGAAAACUCCAAGGAGGAUACAAAUAUUGCAGAUAUUGACUUGGAUGAGAAUUUCAAGUCAAUGGAAGAAAUCCGUCCAACUACUAAACACAAUACAAAGCAUCAGCGAUUGCCGUUGAGUCAAGAACCAGUUAUAUCGUACAUUUAUCAUGAAAGUUUUGAAGUCAACGACAACGAUUUGUCUGAUGGUGUGUAAAAUAUGGUAUCAAAUCAUUUUAUUCAUUUUAUUUAUCUACGUAUGCAUUUAGCUACGGAAAUAAUUGUAACGCUUAUUCCAUUGACAUGUCAAGGAAUAAUAUGGUAGCAAAUAUAGGACGUCUUUCAAUCUAAAACAAUAGAUAUAUUCCACGCUAUCAAGAGCACGCACACAUCUAGGCAAGUCUUUGUAUACAUAUAAUAACCGAAUUCAUUAUUUUUUUUUUAAGCUAAACGAAUGUAAAGUCCCAUUACAUGACCAAUACACCCAUGUUACGUGCUCCCACAUAAUAUUAACUUAUUUAUAUUACUAUUAUUAAUCGUACCAUUAUUACUGUUACCAUUAUUGUUAUUCUUAUUGUUACUACUUAUCAUUAUUUACUUUUAUAUA